UAGAUUUAAAGAAGUUCUCAUUGGUGUUCAACCAGCUGCACAUUGUGACUGAGCAACUGGGUAUAAAUAAAGCUGAUUUCAAGCAAUGGACUGAGUAUUAUACCAACGAGUAUUACUGCCUGCUUGCUUAGUUGAAUUUUGGUUCACUUGGACUUUGUCAGCAUGUGGAUUUCUGCAGCAUUCCUUCUUUUCGCAUUGGUUGUAAAUGGAGUCAAGUCUGAAGAACCUUUCAGCAUUGGCCGAAAAUGCCCCGUGGGCUGGGAGAAAUUUGGAUCACAAUGCUUUAAAUAUUUCGCUGACUUAAAACAAUGGGCUGAAGCAGAGAAACAAUGUAUUGACCUCGGAGGAAACCUUGCAUCUGUCAGCAGUCAGCUCACUAACAGUUUCCUAAAAACCUUAGUGAAAAAAAAUUCUAAAGGCAACACCCGUACCUGGAUUGGUGCUCAUGAUGCAACUAAGGACUUUGUCUGGUUUUGGAGUGACGGAUCAAAGUUUGAGUUCAGUGACUGGCAUACUGGUGAACCGAAUAAUUACGGAGGAAGUGAAAAAUGUGUGGAAAUGGGCUAUGGAGGUGAGAACCGCUGGAAUGAUGCACCCUGCAGUACUCUUCUCAGUUUCAUCUGUUACAGACCAGCUAGAAUUGAGUUCUAAUCCUAAAUUUGAUUGGUAAACCAAUCUCUUAUGUCUGUCCAUCACCAAUUUCUAAAGUUUUCAAACUGCUGAUUGUAACAGACAUGCUUUGAUUUUGAAUUUUAAAGCAAAACUAAAAGAAAAUAAUAAAAGAAACUUUAAACUACAAAUGUACAUCUUUCUUUGUUUCUCUUUAGGGGUUUUGCUAUUUUCAAAAAUAAUUUUGAUUAUCUGAGCUUUAAGGAAUAAAGUGACUGCAGGGGGAUCUUUGAUGAACAAUACACACCUUGAUGUUGUAGUUAUGACAUUUUUCCAGGAGAGGGUACUGCUAACCUGCCAUUUACUGUCUCCACGACUUAACCAGACCACCUAGAUAUUGACUUUAAUGUCUCAACUCUCAAGCCACCUUAGCUAAACCAAACAUUAGGAGGGUGAAGGAUGGUUAACUUAAAAGUACACCUUAAUUUAACUGGUCUUGCAUGGCUAGAAUUGGUCACUGUUUGUCUCAUUCUCCAGUGCCUAAUGUGCUCAGUUUAUGCUGAGAAUGAUCAGAAUCAAAUAAAGUCUUAACAUCAUG